AUGGCGAGCCCCGUGGCCAGCACCUAUCCUCACCCUCAUCCUCUUCCAUCUCCUCCGCCCGUAUAUCAUCCGUCUUCGCCCCCACAUUCCCCGUCUCAUCGCGAGUCUCAGCCCACGCCACGGAAUUCAAACUACACGCCGACCUCUCCAGUCGCACGCAAAUCACUACCGGAAGCGCCGCUGGGACACGUUGUACAGAGAGCUCAGCGCCAGUCUGUCCCCUCCGUCAGUGUAAACGGUCACUUGGAACAAUCUGAAACGCAGAGUCCGACAGCUAGGAAUGCUGAUGACGACUACUUCACAUCACACGUGCCGAAUGCUGCAUUCUCCAACCUGACGCUGGAUGACAACCCCACAAAGCAUGGAGGGUACCCCCCGCGAAAGCAGUCAGUCGGAGUUCUGCCUUCGUCCGGGAACAUGGUUUAUCGACACACCCCUGCCAGCAGCAUAUCAUCUUUUGCUGUAGAACCUCAGCCGCAUGAUGAGCCUCAGAUCGUUUGCAAAGACAGCGGGUCAUCAUUCGACCGCGAUGGCCCUUCCGGUAGUCAAAACACAUCAUCUCGUGGCAGCAUUGACAGCAUGGCACAACCGUCUGAGAACUUCGAGCCACUGCACUAUCAUCAUCGCCCAUACCAACCCUCCCAGGCGGCUGCUCGGUCCACACCUGUUCUAGGAUCAGCUGAGAAUACCCCGGCGACGAACACUCACCUUACAGCCAAACGACCGCAGCGGCCACGGUCAACGUACUCUUUUGCGUCGGACAACGGGUCUCCCCAGGCAUCACCCUACCUCAAACCCCGUGUCUCAUCCAGGAACUCUGGCUCUCCUGAUGUUCGACCGGUCUCGUUCGUUGACCUUCUCAACGCGCCAUAUCCUCAACCAGGUCCCGCUCCAGUUCAUUUCGGCAACGCUCAUCUUCGAUCUUCUGUCGGAAACAACGCAUCGUUGCUGAGCCAUAAGCAGACAUUUGAUAUGUAUUUGGCGAAUGUAAAAAAGACGGAUGAUUCGGCCCUUCAGUAUGAAUUUGCCGUUUUCAUGGUCAACGCCAUGCUGGAAAUGCCAGAUGAUGUACUUGAGGGCGGCAAGCCAUCAAUAUCCGCAGAUAAAGACAAGACUUCUAACGAAAUUACCCGUGCCCACCUCUUGAAAGAAGCAAAGUCGAUAUUCCAGGGGCUGGCCAGCCGGAGCUAUCCGUUUGCACAGUACUACUUGGCGGAUGGCUACGCCUCGGGCUUGUUUAGCAAGGGGAAGGAGGACUACGAUCGCGCCUUCUCUCUGUUUGUGGCUGCAAGCAAGCACGGCCACGUCGAGGCAUGCUACCGGACCGCUUUAUGUUAUGAGUUUGGCUGGGGGACUCGAGUUGACGCGGCUAGAGCUCAACAAUUCUAUCGCCAGGCGGCUUCGAAAAACCAUCCAGGGGCUAUGCUUCGAAUGGCCAAGGCGUGCCUUGCAGGAGACAUGGGUUUAGGCAAGCGAUAUCGCGAAGGUAUCAAAUGGUUGAAACGAGCGGCAGAGUCUUCCGAUGCUCAGUACAAUUCGGCACCUUACGAACUCGGCUUGCUCCACGAAACUGGUUAUGGAGACGAUGUUUUUGUCGACCCUUCCUAUGCUGCUCAACUCUUUACCAAGUCGGCCGACCUGGGCCAUGUAGAGGCCUGCUACCGUCUUGGCGAUGCCUACGAGCACGGGAAGUUGAAUUGCCCGAAAGAUCCUGCCCUCAGCAUUCACUUCUAUACUGGAGCUGCCCAAGGUGGGCAUCCGUUGGCAAUGAUGGCACUGUGUGCUUGGUACCUAGUUGGUGCAGAGCCGGUGCUGGAGAAAGACGAGAAUGAGGCAUACGAAUGGGCCAAGCAGGCCGCUGAACUCGGGCUGGCGAAAGCGCAAUAUGCUGUAGGAUACUUCACAGAGAUGGGCAUUGGAUGUCGACGCGAUCCGUUGGAGGCCAACGUCUGGUACGUCAAAGCGGCCGAUCAAGGGGAUACCAGAGCGGUGCACCGUAUCGCAGCAAUCCGAGCUGCGGCAGACGGCGUGAACCCAGCGCUGGCCGCUGCGGAUGCCAACGGGAAGAAACGCAAGAGCGACGGCAAGAAAAGAUUCGGUAUUUUCUAG